UUCAGAUAAGUCAAGUAGGCCUACGCUGCUGCGCGAGAGAACAUGGAGAAGAAACUCCUUGCAGUCUUUCCCAAGGUCGCCUGGAUUCUGCUCCUCUACGUGGGUUCGUGCAAGGUUAGAUAUGUCUCUUGCAGCGAUGAAACACGAGAAGCUGUACAAGAGUGUGCUAUAACGGCUGAAUGCCAUGACAUUGGUGGCAUGUGCACCUUUCACGACGAUGACGUUCAGUGCGACUUCACAAAUUCCGACAUCUGUCAAGAUUUCGGAUGCAGUUGCUGUAUUAAUUGUACGAACCAAGCCAACGCAAGAUGCAGAAGGAACUACGCAGGGUCUUGCAAGAAGGCUUGCGACGAGACUGAGCUGGAGAUCUCCGACUGCGAAGCCGGUUGCAAGUGUUGCGGCUGCAAGAUCUCGCAGGCAUGCAUCAGCGAAGGGGGAUAUUGCAAAGUGGGAAAGAGAGGUUGCAAUGGCAGGGUGACGAAAAAGUGUUUCGGGAGGAAAUGCUACUGUUGCAUCCCAGAUGAUCCCUGCCCGGAAACCUUGGCGUGUGAAGAAAGUGGCGGUUAUUGUGCUGAAAACUGUUUAGCCGGUGAGGUCGGGCGCCCGGGGAUGUGCGACUCAGAUACGUGUCUCUGCUGCGUGGAAGAUUCGUGUGAGAAUACGAUCAGCUGUGCUUCCAUGGGCGGCCACUGCAACUCGUCAUGCGCAGAUGAUGAGAUUCCUCUGCCUGACCUCUGUCCUGCAGGAAACUGUUCCUGUUGUGUCAAAGCAGAGGAAUGCACGCAAAGCAAAUGCUGCAGCUUUUCUGGAGGGAGAUGCGACCGGGCUUGCAACGAUGGAGAAGUUGCAGAAGAAGAUCUUUGUGCUGGAGGCUGUGUUUGCUGCUUCCAAGAACUAGUCUGCAUGCAGACGAUGGCCUGCCACGAACUCAACGGCAACUGCACCGACAGCUGCGUCACUGGCCUGAUUCCCCUCGACGACCGCUGCCAGGGCGGCUGCGUCUGCUGCGUCGAGCGUCAGUGUCAGAAUACGGUCAACUGCGCAUUCAUGGGAGGCCAUUGUGACUCGACCUGUGAAGACGAUGACUUCGAUUACCCUGAUCUAUGUCUCUCCGGAAACUGUUCCUGCUGCGUGAAAAAGGAGUGCACGCAAAGUAAAUGCUGCAGCUUUUCUGGAGGGAGAUGCGACCGGGCUUGCAACGAUGGAGAAGUUGCAGAAGAAGAUCUUUGUGUGGGAGACUGUGUUUGCUGCUUCCAAGGUGUCAAGGCUGCUGUUUACACAUGCCCGGACAGCACCAGGUGCCAGGCGCUGGACGGGCGCUGCGUGGAGAGCUGCGAGGCCGACGAGCUGGCCGUCCCGUGGCUCUGCGGAGGCGAAAACUGCACCUGCUGCGUCCAGAACAACUGCAACCAGACCAAGUGCUGCGAAGCCUUCGGCGGAAGCUGCGGCAAGGUGUGUUACGAGGGCGAGGCGCCUAUCGAUGGCGUGUGCAAAGAAACGUGCCAGUGCUGCGUCAAGGCCCCGUGUGAGCAGAGCAACUGCUGCACCGUGCUGGGCGGCAGCUGCAACGCCACGUGCGGCCGAGGCGAGAGAGCCGUCGAGGGCGUCUGCAACGGAGAGCACUGCCUCUGCUGCGUGCCAGCGAUGGAGAGUUCUGAAGUGGACCCGGCGAGUAGCCACAACUAA